GGUAGCCACAUGCUCCAUUGCGGCUAAGUUACGGGAUGGUAUGACGUUCAGCCACACAUCCCUAUGACGAUGAUGCGUUUUGACAUCUCGACAGGCUUUGUCUGGUCUUACGGCUCUCCACUGAAAUCCAAGCACGAAAGCCUCAGGUUGAUAUCUUGGAUUGUAGGCGAGCCAAUUGUUCCGUCAGGCUGAGAUUAGGUAAACUUGGCUGCCACACGAAAACUGGGAACAGUAGACGACAACCACGGGAGCUGCGGGGUUGUAUGGAGGGGCAGGGUUUGUUAUGGGGAUAUGACGAAGAUGAGAGAGAAGACUUCUUGGAAGUGACUUUGUUUGACGGCGAACAUGAGGGUCGGGCGUUGGGAUCGCGUUUGAGGAUCCCGCGCGCUACGGAGGAGUUUGACACUCGUGAUGUUGAAAGGAGGGAAAACAGGUUUCUGAGAUGUGGAUGCCAUUGGCAUUUGAGCCGAGACUUCUCGAUGAGAGUGCUUGAGGAGCUCAGGAUUUGAUAUAUAAGAAGGCUCCCGCUGCAGGUCCAAAAGGUCUUUCUUCUGCAUCAAACUCACAUCUUCACUCUUGAACACUACAAUCUUCAAACACUUCAAACAACAACCAACAACAACCAACCAAAACAAACCAAAACAAACCAACCAAACAACCUUCAUCAUGUCUGGAAUCAUCAACAAAGUCAAGGAGGCUCUCCACCACGACAAGACCGAUUCUCACUCUACCACCCACACCACCGGCACCCACGGUACCACUGGCACUCACGGAACUGGUGUAACUGGUAACCACAACACCACAUCUGCUCUCGCUGGCUCAACCAACCACGGUCCUCACGACUCCAAUGCCGCCAACAAGGUCGACCCUCGCAUUGACUCAGACCGCGAUGGAAGAGCUGCCCACAGCACUGGAUUGGGCUCAUCCAACACACACUCCACUGGACUCGGAUCCAACACCCACAGCAGCAACACCACCGCUGGACCACACUCUAGCAACCUUGCCAACAAGGUAGACCCAAGAGUUGACUCCGAUCUCGACGGAUCUAACAGAGUCGGAGCUGGUAACACCGGCUACGGAUCAUCCAACACACACUCAACUGGUCUUGGUUCAUCCAACACCCACGGCACCACCGGAGCCUACGGCUCAAACACCACCGCCGGGCCCCACGACUCUAACAUCGCCAACAAGCUCGAUCCCAGAGUUGACUCCGACAGAGACGGUUCAAACCGCGUAGGAGGCACAACCGGCACCACCGGUACCUCCGGCUACUCCGGAACCCACGCCGGUAACCACUCUGGCACUCACACCGGUACCCACGGCGGAAUCUCCUCCUCCUCCAACGCAGGCCCACACGACUCCAACAUUGCCAACAAGGUUGACCCAAGAGUCGACUCUGACCUUGAUGGAAAGGGAAACAGACACGGUGCUAACACCGGCGGUGUGUUUGGCGCUUCCAGCUCGCACGCCACUGCUGGAUCGGGAACUGCGCAGAACACUGCCGGUCCCCACAACAGCGACAUGUUGAACAAGAUUGAUCCUCGCGUCGACUCCGACCGUGACGGAAGCAAGACCUUCAUGGGUAACGCCACCCACAAGUAGAGUACUCUCUACUUAGCGAGCAGCGAAGGAAGGAAACAUCAUCAACUCGCCGCAUAACAUCGCCGCCGCAUUCGAUACCCGAAGAGAGAGGGGAGCUGUGUAAAUUCGGAACGCCUUUCUUCUUCAAGACUUGGUUGGCUGGUGAGAUUUGGAAUGAUGGCAAAUUUUUUAAUGAGACUUGUAUUUUUAUGAUGGCAUGUCAUGACUUGAAAGAAAAGAAAGAAGGAAUCAUUGUACUUUAGCU